AGAAAGAUUGAGGACGUGUUGAUGAUCAAGACUGGAUCGGAGAAUCCGCUUAGGGAUGGGUGGGCGCUUUGGUUGGAAGGGAAAGGGGAUUUCCUGAGGAGAGAUCGGAUGUUGAAAUCGAAUCUUGAGCUUUUGAACCCUAAGAACCAUCCUUUGCUUCAGGAUCCGGAUGUUGUUGGGGUUAGUGGGUACACUAGAGGGGAUCGAUUGGUGCAGAAGUCAAUAUUGAAGGAGAUGGAGAAGGUUCCGUUUCCGGUCCCGAGGAGGGAAGUUAGGGUUAGGAGGAGGUUGGAGGAGGAGGAGGAGGAGAGUGGGAGGAGAUGGGGGUAUUUUCCGGGGAUUAAUGAGAGGGGGCAAAUGUCGUUUUCGGAGUUUGUGGAUAAAUUUUUUGAGACAGGGAAAUGCAGCAUUAGGGUUUUUAUGGUUUGGAAUAGCCCUUCGUGGAUGUUUGGGGUGCGGCAUCAGAGGGGAUUAGAGAGUGUGCUGAAGAUGCAUAGGGAUGCUUGUAUCUUGGUUUUGUCAGAGAUGAUGGAGAUGGACUCCUUUGAAAGAUUUGUGAAGGAUGGAUUUAAAGUUGCAGUUGCCAUGCCCGAUCUGGAUGAACUUUUAAAAGACACUCCCACUCAUGAGUUUGCGUCGCUCUGGUAUGAAUGGAGAACAACUAAACACUAUCCUGUUCACUAUAGUGAGCUUAUACGCCUUGCUACUCUCUACAAAUAUGGUGGAGUCUAUCUUGAUUCUGAUGUUAUAGUUCUGAAACCAUUAUACUCACUCAAGAACACUGUUGGCAUCGAGAGACAAAUGGAUGGAAAUCCCAUCUUCAAUGGUGCAGUUAUGGCUUUUGAUAAAGGCAGUCCUUUCUUGAUGGAGUGUUUGGAGGAGUUCUAUUCCACGUAUGAUGAUGCUCGUUUACAUUGGAAUGGAGCUGGUCUUUUAACAAGAGUGAUUAACAGGCUUAAUGGCAAAGGGGUUAAAUUCUUUCGGCAUGUAGAUAUAAAGAUGGAACCUCCAAGCUCUUUUUUCCCAAUCAGUUCAGAAAACAUCCUCAGGUACUUUGCUGAAGCAACAGGUGAAAUUGAAAGAUCGCAGGGAGAAAAUAUGUUUGCAAAGAUUCUGAAUGAAUCAACUGCAUUUCAUUUCUGGAAUGGCUUGACGACGGCACUAGUUCCUGAACCCAACAGUCUCGUGGACAGGCUUUUAAACCACAAUUGUCUCUACUGCCAUGACAUAUUAUGACCUAGUAACUACAUAUCCAUACUUCAUUCAUUUGAAAACAUCAUGUACGAUUGAAGCAACUGCUGCUGAGGUGGGUAAAACGGGACCAGGGAUAAUAUAGAAAUGUACAGGUCGCCCAUGGAAAAUAUAGAAAUGUAUAGGUUGCCCAUGGAAAACCGCAUGAUUUCUCAUUUUGUCUUAGAAUCCAUCGACAACAAUUAUAUGUAAAAGCUUUACGAACGUCUUCGAGUUACUUGUGCAGUCCAAAAGAGAAAUAUGCGAGAAGUAUGUCCCUGCACAAGGAUCAAGUGCAUACAACAGAACCAUCUAACUGAUUCAAGCAUAAUCAGUGUCAUCACAUAUUUUUUUUUUGUUUUGUAUUUUACUAUGGCGUGUUGGCCUUUAAGGAUCUGGAUAAUUCUUUAUAUGUCUAUUUUUAAAAAGUUUCACCUAGCAUAUACGUAA